CGAUAUGGUGGUGUGCGUGAUAAACGUUUGUGUAUGCGUUAUACAACAAACCAAACAAAUCGUAGGCAUGACAUAAAUAAAUACAAGAGUGCUCAGUUAAGUGUGUAGCGCACCAAAAUCGAAAUGACAGCUGCGCCCAAACAAUAAAUUCUACGACCACUUUUUGUUUGUUUGGUGAAAUUGAAUAGAGUUUCUGCACUUUUGGCAAAAGAAAAAUUCCAUGCAAAUUUUGUGUAUUUUAUUUAUUAAAAUUGCAACAAAAACAAUUUGGAAUUUUCAACGUUGAAACCAAAUUUAGGAUGUCCAACGCCAAGAAGUCUGACGAUAACGCAUGGAAAACACCAAAUGAGAUUAUCCGCUUGCAACGACUUAAGCAAAAACAAAAAGCAUUACAAGCACGACUCGAGCGACCGGCUUACAAUACUAGAAAUUCACCAUCCAAAUUUAAAAUCGCACCCAGCGAAAAACGAAAGAAUCCAUUCCUUGAUGAACGAUUUGCUUCGAAUAAGAAAAAACCACGUCACAGUCUACCAGACACCACCGAAUAUGUGUCGGAAGACUCAGUAUUUAACUUAUUGGCAAAUGCCAACGAAAUUGUUGCGACUACGUCCAAAGCGCCACUGAAUAAGAAAGAACUGAAUUCCUUCGCAAAUCUCAUCAAUCAAACAGAUGAAUUCGACGCAGAUCCAGUCGAACAGACAGACGAAGAAAAGCCAACUAGUCAUGUUCCAAUUGAUUGGAGCCUUAAAACCAAAUUGCGACUUUUGAGCAAAAAUCCGAUUCCAGGAAGUCGGCUAAAGUGUAACGAAGAAGCAAGUGGAAUUACAGGGUUUGUGCGCUGUGCCGACUUAAAGUCAUCCGAGACGACUGGUUUAGAUAUUUCACCGGCAGCCCGGUUUCACCAGAGCACAAUGUACUGGCAGCAUCCGCACUUACCGUGGCUCACUUUAUUUCCCCGGAUGUCAAAAGCAAACAUUGGCUGUACGAUCGGUGAAGCAGAACGCAAGGCUCUGGCUCAAGAUUGGGGUGAUAGUUUUCGUGCAUUGUUUCAGCUGGUCCGUUCACUACAAUGUCCAUACUUCUAUGUUUGUGCAAAUUUAUUUACGGUGCUGUUUCGGGCUGCCGGCAUUGGUGGUAAAGUUGAAACACAUGCAUUGCUAACGCCAACGUCACGUGGUUUGCGAUCGGCUCUCAAAGAGGAAGACAUUGAGUUCACGAUGCCAUUGAAGAAAACAUCAUCCGAUGCACAGAACAAAUCAUUAGAUUCCGGCAACGAUACGCAAAGUAACAGUUUUUCCAAUUUGUCGGAGGAAAAUGGGGCUGAAACAUCGACCGAUGCAAUAAACACAAGCGGCAACAAUGACGAAGGCCUUGAAGCCGAUAACAGUGAUGAAGAGGAAGACGAGGAAAAGUGGUUGGAAAGUAUGGGCGUGGAUAAAUCGGAAAUCAAAAAGAUUCGUACCACACAUGCUAGACGCGUGCAUAAUGAAGAAUGUGCCGAAGAUUCGACCGAUCAAUCGAUUUUAUUGAUCGAAGGUGUGGAGUGUCAGGCAUUAUUUAAUUUUCUUCUGAAUGCUAAAAGUACAACAACAAAAGUGGGCCGAUUGGCUGGCAUCCCACCGACGCUUAUUGCACCCGUCGCAUUUCCCGGUGCGACGCUACGAAACAACCAAAUCCGUGCCAGUAUUGUGCGUGAACAGAACAUUGAUUUUCACAGUAUGGAGAUCAAAGGUGUCAUUUUGCCGCACACAUUGCAAUACCUGUGCAAUUUGAUGAAAGAGUCAAAGGACCAAUUCAGUAUGACCACAGUCAAUUUUUCCAGUACAAAUGCGCUCAGCAAAGCGGCACAAAAAAUUAUCGAUGAUCUGAACAAGGAGAACAAAGAAGUGACCGCCGAAACGGUGUUUGGUCGAGAGAAUUUGUCUGAUUGUGGUCUACCACCAUGUUUGCUUGAAUCAUUAUGUCGUAUCGGCAACGAUGCCGUUCGUACCAUUGAGCGGAUGUACUUCGACAAAGAAUCUGGUGGCUAUAUUUGGUCCGAGAAAAAAUAGCACAUUGCUUAUGUUACCAUCAUCAUAAUUUACACAUUGUUUUAGCUUCCCAAUUUCUUCAUAAGUUUUAUCAAUAAUAAAUAAUUUAUUUUCUUCAAAUGUUAUUUUAAAUCACAAUCGAAAAACAAAGUUUCAAUAAAUGAACGACUGAGAAGUGUGAAAAAAUGAAGAAA